AUGCAGGACCAGGCGCCCGUGGCCCCAGCACAGCUGGCGCUGCUGUGGACCGGCAGCUUCGGCAGGCUGCUGCGCGGGGCGUCGCCCCAGGAGGAGCAGGCCUGGGCACGGAGGCUCGCGGAGGCGGGAGCCGGCGACCUCCCCGCCGAACUCUGCGCGCGGGGCGAGCUGCCCCCAGCGCUGCCGCAGGCAAAGUUCCACGAGGUGCUGAGCCAGGUGGCCAAUGUCCAGGAGGACUGGGCGGCAGCGGUGCAGGUGCUGUGGCGAACAGGGCGCCGCCAGGCCACCGCCCGUGAGGUGAGCCUCCUGUGGACGGCCGCUCCCCACUUCUUCCAGGACGCCAGCGCCCCCAGCACCGCCUUGGGCCCGCCGGUGCACGAGUACUACCUGCCUGGCAUGGUGCACGCUUCUGGCACGCUCUGCCGCAGCCUGCAGCGCGCGCUUCUGUGCUGCAACUGCGAGGUGCCCGAGUCCCUCUCCCCUGCCGCGCUCGUCAGCUGCUGCGCCGACGCCCUGAACGAGAUGCGCAACGCCAAGCAGCUGGACGCGGUGUGCAUCGGCGGCGCCGCCAGCGAGAUCAUCCGACAGCUCGUGCGCGAGGAGAUGGCAGGCUGA